GAUCGUUUCAUUUAGCAAACAAUUAGAACGAUUAGCGUAGAGACGAGUGAUAAAACAUCAUCACCACCAAAAGAGGAGCAGGAUGUGAAAUCCUCAUCGUCACGCCGAAGUUCCACCAAAAAUCCAAGUCCAUUUCGUCGCAAAGCUUCUUCUAAUAAGACAAGCGGGGAAAGCGCCAACGACUUGAGACCACAAUCACUCGAGACAGCAUCGAUCAGUAGUGGAUCUUCAUCUCCCACUCGUCAUUCUGUAUCUCCCACACAACGUAGCGUACGUGAAGAUUCGACUACAAGCUGGAAGAGCUCUAUACGACGGAUCGUCAGCGUGUUGAAUCUCGUUCCGAAAGAAAAGUCCUCCUUUGAAAAACAGCAGGAACGAAAACUCCGAGAAGUUGACAUGUACAUGAAUCGACCACAAAUUUGUCGGCUCCCUCUCAAAAGCCUUACAAGU